AAAUGCCAAAAAAAGCACAUUAAAUUAAUUUAAAUAGCAUUUUAUUUAACAUAAUUAUCAAAAAUAUUGUUAAACAUGUAAUCAGUAUAAAAUUAUUAAUGACAUAUUUUACAAUCUUAUUUUUUACUGACUCUUCAAAAUCAGGUGUGUAUUUUACACUUAAGGCACAUUUCAGUUUGGACUAUCCACUGGCCCAAUGGCCACAUGUGGGUGGGUGGUUACAGUAUCAGACAGUGUAGUUCUAGAACUAUGGCUGCCUCUAGGCAGGAUAGAAUCAUGGUCUGGCAUGAAUUGUUUAACUGUUGCUAAUUUUGGAGAAUGAGCAUUUAUUUAUAUUUUCGUAUUUUUUCAGCCUUACCCUCACCUCCUUGUAAACUUCCAAAGUCUGUGGUCAUAAGAAACCUGCCAGCAGUAACUGAGGAACUUCCUUCCUUGUCCAUGCGCACUUUGGUAAUCCGAGGAGCAGCUGUAGUGAGGUGUAUUCAGACCUACAAAGCAGCAUCAAGAAGAGAUGGAAGUCUCCUUACAGGGAAGACGCUGGAGCGAAGGAAGCGCUCUUUCUUUCCCGAUGUCUUUGUUCAACUUAGUGAACUGCGCAGAAGAGGCACUGUGAGAUUCCUUCCGGGAGACGUAGCCAAGGAUUUAAAAGUGGGGAUUCGCGCCAAAGAUCUACUUCUCGGUGACCAGAACCAUGGGAGCUAUGGACAGACUUCCGUGACCACUCGGCACCUCCUACCAGAGCUGCAGUUUUACCUGGUUAUGGCCUUUUGGCCUUGAUCUCCAUGCUCUUCUUCCUACAGUGACUCUGGCCAUAGCCCAGUGCCUGCACUGCUCUUCCAGCCCUGCUUUCAGCCUGGUCCAAGCCUGGAUUUGGAGUUGCUCCCACUUUAGCAGGAGAGAUUUGCCCUAUUCCUACUGUCAAUUUAUGGCUUGGCUUCAUAUCUUGCAAUCUUAAUUUCUUCAAAUUAACUCGGAAACCUUUUAACUGGAUAGUUUCUGUAGUACCAUCAGUGAAGCCUUAAAUAUUACAUUGGAUUCAAAUGUAUACGUGUGAAUUUUAACACGUUUACUUCAUAAAUAUCUUUAGGGGUGAGGGGAGCUCUACAAAUUCACUUGCUAGUUUCUAUGUAUAUUUUGCUUUGUUUCAUUAGCCAGAAAAUUCCUUUGGGCAAAAUUUUGUGCCUAUUAAUGUAUGGUCUGAGAAGUUAUGUUUCCUGCUGAAGAGUUCUCUCUUCGAAAUAUUGAAGGAAGUUCACAGCAUCUUUAAGUUUCUGCUCUUGGUCUCCAUUAUACUUGUCUUUGAGAAGUGGAAAAUUGUAGAUUUGGUUAUAUAAGAACAUAGAUUCUCUCUCCCAAGAACUAUUCUGGCCUUUGUUUCCUUUCUUUCAUCAUUUUCCAGACCCUUCUCAGUCAUGGUGUCCAUGGGUUGGCUGCCAAUAUCUAGCCCAAUUUGUUCCUGAAAAAUGUCAACCUCUAGAAUGCAGAGAUCAUUCUUUCCUAACUUCUGUGUAAGUUUAAAUAAAUGGCACUAAGUCUGAGACAUUUUAGUUAGUAACCAUUUACUAAUUUUGCAAUGAGUAAAAGAAGGAAGGCAGUAUAGUUUUAAAAUCUUGCUAUUUUAGAAAACCAACUUCUUUUGGAGAAUGUAUUAAGUGUGGAUGUAGGAAAAUACAUGUUAUUCUAAUAUAGACUAUCUAAAAAUAAAGAUGUGGCAUUUUUAUUUUCAGUUUUGAAAAAUAUCACUGCCUCUUGUGUCUCUUAAAGUCUAAAUUAGAUAUUCAUGUGACAUUUUUCCAAUGAAAUGUCAAGAACCCAGUGUUUUUUGUUUGGUUUGGUUUGGGUUUUUGGCCACAACUCUCAGUGCCUGGACCAGGGAUCGAAUCCAUGUCCCUUGCACAGAGUCUUUUUUUUUUUUUUUUUACAGAGUCUUAAUCACUGGACUGCCAGGGAAGUCCCAGCCCAGUGUUAUUUUAUUCAAAAUAUAUUACUUUCAGCUGAGUUAAAGAUCUUUUUAAAGUCCAUAUUAAAGGUAUUUUUAAAUCCACAUAAUACAUAGAUACUACAGUAAAAGAAAAAUAGGAUGGAGUAAAAAAUAUGUCCUUCAAAACUCCCAAGAUUUCUGCUAAAUAUUCAGAGCACAACAUACAGGAAGUAGGACAGUCCGAUGUAUUAAAGUCUUGCUUACACUCUGAAAAUUUAUUUUUCCUUUUAAUUUUUUUUUUCAUCCUCUAGUCAAAGGGCAGUUACUCUUCUCUAUGGCCUGUGAAAUGACCAGGCGGUCAACAUACACUCCAGAGGUGGAGGGAUGAUAAGUCUCCUUUGUGUUAUUUCCCGAAUAGCAAACAGGGAAUGCUUGGGAAUUCCCAGGUAGUUUGGGAAUACUACUGGAAUAUCCAACAGAGCUUGGAUUCUACUGUAUGUUACAAUUUAGCAAUAAGUAGAUGUAAUUAAUUAAUGAACAUAGUAGUUUCUCCUUUUCAUAGUGUUAAUGUAUUAUGCUUAGCGAGUUUCUUGACAAUAAACUAAGAAACGUAGAUCAGCUGAAGGAGAAGAGAAAGUUCAAGUAUUAUCUAGGAGUGCAGUAACUGGUUAGGACUCUGGGUGCCGCUGUUCACCAGUCUGGAAGAUGAAGGCAGCACGCAUACACCCAGGGCGGGAGGGGGACUUCUUGAACCACCAUCACUGCCGGAUUGAAAAGUCUCUCUGAGGCUGCCCUGAUCAUACUUCUGGACCACUUUCUGCUCUGAAUUCUCCUGAAAAUUCUGUUUAGACUCAGAGAACAGGGAAAUAAUAUUCUUGGUGCUGGACUGAGAGAAUACGAAGCAAGAGAGCAAUGGCGAUUCGAGUGAAGGUGCUCGGCUGCCGCAGGCUGGUCCUACUGUACCUUUUUCUGGGGCUGUUGUUGGAAGCCCAGGCUGGGAAGAUCCGCUACUCGGUGUCAGAAGAGACAGACAAAGCUUUCUUUGUGGGCAACAUCGCCAAGGAUCUGGGGCUACAACCCCAGGAGCUGAUGGAGCGCGGAGUCCGAAUCGUCUCCAGAGGUAGGAAGCAGCUCUUUGCUCUGAACCCGCGAAGCGGCAGCUUGGUCACCGCGGGCAGGAUAGACCGGGAAGAGCUCUGCGCUCAGAGCGCGCGGUGUCUGGUGAGUUUUAACGUCUUAGUAGAGGAUAAAAUGAAGCUUUUCCCUGUUGAAGUGGAAAUAAUUGAUAUUAAUGACAACACUCCCGAAUUCCAGUUAGAAGAAGUGGAAUUUAAAAUCAAUGAAAUAACUGCUCCAGGUACCAGGAUCCCCCUGCCUUCUGGGCAAGACCUUGAUGUGGGUAUGAAUUCGCUCCAGAGCUAUCAGCUCAGCUCCAACCCUCAUUUCUCCCUGGAUGCUCAACAGGGAUCUGAUGGGUCUCAACAGCCGGAGAUGGUGCUGCAGAGUCCCCUAGACAGGGAAGAAGAAGCUGUCCAUCACUUCCUCCUCACUGCUUUUGAUGGGGGCAACCCAGCCCGUUCAGGAACCCUCCGAAUUCGAGUUCAGGUGGUGGAUGUAAAUGACAACCCUCCAGCGUUUACACAAGCAGUGUACCACACAAGUGUACCCGAGAACGUGCCUCUGGGCACUCGGCUGCUCAUGGUAAAAGCCACAGACCCAGAUGAAGGUGCCAAUGGGGAAGUAACAUAUUCAUUUCAUAAUAUAGACCAAAAAAUGGCACAAAUAUUUCACUUGGAUUCUUACACGGGAGAAAUAACAAGUCAAGAACCUCUGGAUUUUGAAGAAUACACAAUUUAUCCAAUGGAAAUUCAAGCUCAGGAUGGUGCAGGCCUCAUGGCCAGAGCUAAGGUGCUGGUCAAAGUUCUGGACAUAAAUGAUAAUGCCCCAGAGGUAACCAUCACCUCUGUCACUACUUCAGUCCCAGAAAACUUUCCUCCUGGGGCCACAAUUGCUCUUAUCAGUGUGCAUGACCAGGACUCCGGAGACAAUGGUCACACUUCAUGUUCCAUUUCUGGAAAACUACCCUUAAAAUUAGAAAAGUUAGAUGAUAAUUAUUACCGUUUGGUGACAGAAAAAACAAUGGAUAGAGAACUUACCUCCCAGUACAACAUUACAGUAACAGCCACAGAUCAGGGAACUCCGACUCUAUCUACCGAAACACACAUUUCACUGCAAGUGACAGAUAUCAACGACAACCCCCCUGUUUUCCCCCAGGACUUCUAUUCCACCUACAUUCUAGAAAACAACCCCACAGGUGCCUCCAUUUUCUGCGUGACAGCCCAUGAUGCCGACAGUAAUGAGAAUGCACAGGUCACUUAUUCCCUGGUGGAGGACACCAUCCAAGGAGUGCCUCUAUCCUCCUAUAUCUCCGUCAACUCAGACACUGGAGUCCUAUAUGCCUUGCGAUCGUUUGACUAUGAGCAGUUCCAGGACCUGCAGUUGAGAUUGAUGGCUCGUGACAGCGGGGACCCACCACUCAGCAGCAACGUAUCUGUGAGCAUAUUUGUGCUGGACCAGAACGACAACACACCUGAAAUCCUGUAUCCUGCACUCCCGACGGAUGGUUCCACUGGUAUGGAGCUGGCACCCCGCUCUGCAGAACCAGGCUACCUUGUUACCAAGGUGGUGGCAGUGGACAGAGACUCUGGCCAGAACGCCUGGCUAUCUUACCGCCUACUCAAGGCCAGCGAGCCGGGACUCUUCGCGGUGGGGCUGCACACGGGCGAGGUGCGCACAGCGCGGGCCCUGCUAGACAGAGACGCGCUCAAGCAGAGCCUGGUGGUGGCGGUCCAGGAUCACGGCCAGCCCCCUCUGUCGGCCACCAUCACGUUCACUGUGGCUGUUGCUGACAGCAUUCCAGAAGUGCUGGCCGACUUGGACAGCACUGAAACUUCCUCCCACCGGGACAACUCCAGCUUCACGCUGCACUUGGUAGUGGCUGUGGCCGCGGUCUCCUGUGUCUUCCUCGCCUUUGUCAUCGCGUUGCUGGUGCUCAGAUUGCGACGCUGGCACAGACUGCGUGCGCAGACUUCAGCAAGUGUAUUGGCAGGCUUGCCCACCUCUCACUUUCUGGGUGUGGACGGGGUGCGGGCUUUCCUGCAGACCUAUUCGCACGAGGUCUCGCUCACCGCGGACUCUCGGGGGAGUCACGUGAUCUUCCCGCAGCCGAACUACGCCGACACGCUCAUCAGUCAGGAGAGCAGUGAGAAAAAAGAUUUUUUGUCAGUACCCCAGUCUUUACUUGAAGACAAAAAGGAAACAUUUUCUCAGGUAAAUCUUUUGUAGUAAAUUUAUCUAGAUAAAGAUAACUUCUGUUUUUACUUGCUUUCACUCUUUACUGCUAAAAAGUCUCUAUUUCCCAUCUUUGUGUUUGUCUUUGUGUUUAUAUUUACAGAUCAUGGGAAAUCAUUAUUAAGUGUUUCUAUCCAAGUAUAAUUGUUUUUUUUUUUCAUUGAAAAGGAGAUCGUAAUUAAUCAUAAUGUAGUUGGUUGGGACAGAGUUGUGGAAAGAGCAUUGCAUCAGAAACAAGGAGAUUUGGCUUCUAACGUUUUCUUGCUUGCUUCUGGCCAAGUAAUUUUUUCUUUACCAUGCUCUUAUCUGACAAUGAUAGAGUUUGACUAGGUCUACAAAUAUUUAUGUGACUGAUUCUGUUUUCAGAUAUCCUUAGAUUAUAAAUAUCUCAUCUACUCCUAAAUUUAAUGUAUAUGUCAUCUGUUGGGGUGCUGUUUUAUUUUGGAAUAUUUGAAGAGGUAAAGAUUGUCUAAAGUAGUAUUUUAAGUUGUGUUAACAUAAAAUUAUGGAAAUUUAGGUAACCUGAAAAUUUAAACUAUUGUUGAAUAUCUUAUCCCUUUGCUUACUGGUUUAUUUAUAUAUGUUUUAUGCACACUUAAGAAUACACCAAAUGUUUAAGUAAGUUACAAAAUGAAGUAAUAAAAUGGACGACAGAAAAUUUCCUCUGCAAUGUGAGAAACAGUUUGAAGCCUCCUGACUUGUAUAUUAUGCCUGUAAUGUAAACAACUAACAAAAAUCAAAUAUAUAUUCCACUUUAUUAGCUCUUCACAAGAAAUGCAUCAUAAGUCCAUGCUUUAAAAUACUCUGUUCCAAUAAAUUAAAGAGAUACAUAAAAUAUAAAAUGAAAAAAGCAAAAGCAUAAUAAGGCAAAAAUAAAAAUAAAUAAAUGGACCAAAGAUGGGACAGAAAGUGGUGAGCCAGGCUAACACUAAAGUGGGAAUUCUGGUCUUGGACUUACCUUGAUUGGACAAAUCUGUAUACAAUCUUAUACACAACAAAUAUAGAACGACCAUUUUUAUAUGAAAAUAUGGAGAAUCUGCUGCUGCUGCUGCUAAGUCGCUUCAGUCAUGUCCGACUCUGUGCGACCCCAGAGAUGGCAGCCCACCAGGCUCCCCCAUCCCUGGGAUUCUCCAGGCAAGAACACUGGAGUGGGUUGCCAUUUCCUUCUACAACAAUUUAAUACAUAAUCAUCACAUGCACAAAAGAUGGCAGAGAAAAUGUCAAAGUACCAAUAAUAUACAUGUUUAUAACAUGUGCUUAAAUCACAAAGUGGGUAGUAGGGGGAUAGGGGAGAGUUAUUAAUAAUAAAAAGGUACAGACCUUGCAUUGUAAGAAGAAUAAGGCUGUAGGACCCAAUAUAUAGAGUGGAGACUAUAGUUGAUAACAUUAUAUUGUAUAAUAGAAAUUUGCUAAGUGUAAUUUAAUUCUCUCUCUCACACACACAAAGGUAAGUAUGUGAAGUGAUGAAUGUAUUAUUAGCUCAGUAGGAGGAAUCCUUUCACAGUUUGUAUAUAUAUCAAAUUAUCAUGUUGUACACUUUAAGUAUCUUAAAAUUUUAUUUAAAAUUGUACAGCUGGAAAAAUCACAAAGCAAAUACUUUAAAAGAAAACAAAAUGAGCAUUUAAAUCUAUACCACUAACUAGGAUUGGAUUUUAAAAAUCACAAUGGAAAUAAAAACUCAAAAAUUAAAAUAUUAUUUAUUUAAAAUUGUGGAAUGCCUCUAAAAGAUAUUUAGGGUUAAGUUUAUAGGCAACCAGAAGAAUUUCAAAAAACAAAGUAUUAAAAUUAGUGAAGUUAGCUCGACAA